AUGGGUUCCAGUACUUUCGUGAGUCGCUGGUCUCUCAAACCACCAUGGCAGUUUUGUGGGCUACUUAAAUGGUAUCAACGGUACUUGCCCGAAGGCAACGACUUGAAAGAGCUAGCGAUGACUUGUGCCAUCAACCGUCAAGCUCCGUUUAUGGCUGAUUGUGACAAGGAACUACUGACUGUGGAUGUCUUAAUUUCGGUCCAUCAAGCGCAAGCCGCUGAAAGCCUAGGGGAACCACUCAAGGCAAUUGAGUUGAAUGAGCAGGCUUACAAGAUGCGGUUCGACGAAAGCCCACAGCAAAUGAGGGCUCUCUGCUGUACCGCAAAUAAUGUUGCCCAAUCCAAUACCUCGGCCAAAUUGUAUCAAAAAGCGCAGGACUGGUUCGAGAUAUCCGACAAAUGGUGGCACUUGGCAGUUAAGAACGGGGAGGAAUCCGGUGAUCGUCCAGCUCGACACAUCUUGGAUCAUGCACAAAACUUCAUGCGCCUUCAUGAAUACGCCAAAGCGGAAGAGAUGCUCGAUAUCUGCAUUUCUCGAAUAAAGACAGAGUACCCACUAGAUUGGGCAAUGCUAGCCCAGUAA